AUGCCUCCAUCCGACCACGACCACGACGACACCGACGCCGUGCCUACACGCGCAGAAGCCGAGCUGGAAGAGAUGCACGCCAACACGGCCGCUCCACCGCAGGGAAGCCCACCAAACGCACCGCCAGGCCAAGUACCCGCUCAAGACAUCCGCCUUGCCAACUCAUACCACUACCCAGCAGCACCACCAGGCUCGGCUGUACCAGCACAGGCUGUAUAACGUUACAGACCGCUGCCGCCACGCAUGGAUCCACAUGCUGCGCAACAACUUCCGAAUCUCUAUGCCUAUGUACAAGGUGAACGAGGCAUUCCCGGGUACAACUCAAUGUACACUGCUCCGCAUCAGCUUGGCCCGCCUCCUGCUCCUGCACACUUCCAACGUCCGCCGGGGAUGAUGGGCCACCGCACUCAUCGUGCUGCCCCACGCAACCAAAAUCAUGACCAACAGGCAGCGAUACGGGGCCGUCCCUCUGUUCCAAAUCUUCCGCAGGAUGGAUCCGAUGCCAGACCAGCCUUCUCCCGCGAUCGUAUCCAACUCCCGCCUCAGUUCCCGCCCCCCAUAUUACAGCCCGCUUUGAGCGUCAAUGAGAUCAAAGCAAUGCUUCCAAAGAGCACCAACCUCGAGGACUUCGCAAUGGGUGAGGAAUGCGCCAUCUGCAAGCAUGACAAGAUCGAACCAUGCAUGACCGCUUGCAAGCACGCCUUCUGCGCAGAUUGCGUGGUCGCGUGGAUUCGAGAUCGUCGCUGGUGCCCCAUGUGCCGCCAGCCAGCGAUUAUCUGGGAGUUGGUACUUCUCGAUACCCAGAAUCAAGAGCAGAACGCUGCGGACUCGGGGAUGGAUGGCGAUGGCGAUGGCGGUGCUGGCGAUGGUGAUGCUGGCGAUAAGAUGGAGGAAUAG